CCUCCCCCUCUUCCUCCCGGUCCCGCCCCGCCCCUGCCGCCGCUUGUUGAUGUUUCACUUUGUUUUAAUUCCCGGGUCGCAAGAUGGAGGCGGUGCUGGGACGGCGAGAGCUGCUGUUGCCACCGCUGCUGCUGCUGCUGCCGCUGGCCGCCGCGCUACUGGGCCCCGCCGCGCCGCCUCAGCUGGGCCAGGAAACGAUCAGAGUUGAUGUUAUGACGUUGGAAAGGGAUGGGGAAUUUCACAAAGCACAGGUUGUUUUUAAUAUCACCUAUGCUAAUGGACAGGUAUACCUAAAUGAUUUCCCUAUGAAAAGCAGGGUUGCCCACGUAACAUGUCAAACAGUAAUAUUGGAGAACAGAAACUUGGAUAACUUACCAGAUCAGCAGCACCUGGGAACCGUCAGUGUUCGGAUUAUGGUUCACAAGUGGCCUUUGGCAUCCAGUUCUGAUUUGCAGCUGAUUGUCAUUCAGGAAGAAGUGACAGAAAUUGAUGGAAAAGAGGUUCAGCAGGAAGAAGUAACGGAAAUAGAUAUUUUAGUAAAGGACCUGAGAGUACUUAGACAUUCAAACUACACUGUCCCUUUGAAAGAGAGCAUGUUGUAUUCCAUCCCCAGGGACAACGACAUGUUAUUUACACUUCCCAGCCUCUCAGGAAAAGAUACUCAAGAUCCACUGCAAACUACCAGUCAGUAUCUCAUCCAGCAAGUGGAAACCACAGUAGAUGAAGAGGCAUUACCUGGCAAGUUACCAGAGACCCCUCUUAGGAUAGAACCUCCCUCUUCUUACAAGGUGAUGUGCCAAUGGGUGGAAGAUUUGAGGACAGUGUUGUGCAGAUUCUGGUUGCGAUCUUUACCCAUCUUCUUCAGUUUGAUGGAAGUCAUUGUAGUUGGAGUUGUUGGAGCAGCUCUUAUUCUCAAAGUUCUAAAGGUGAUCCUCCCUUCCUGUGAAAACAAAGGCACCCUUCUCCUGGAUCAAGUCAGCUUUGUACCAGUGAUUACCAUCAGCUUGCCUUCAGAUCUUCCAGACAGGAAAAAUAAUUUAGAUGAGAAAACAUGUACUUAAUGCUGUGUUUGCUUUGGAGUUACUGUUUUUUAAAAGCAUAUUUUUAGUUGACCUGAAAUUUGGCACUUGAUCUUAAUACCAUGUUUGUUUCCUACUAAGAAAACUCAGUCAGUUGAUAAAUUGGCAAAGGGACACUCAGGCUGAGGCCCAUAGCUGACUUCCUUGUGCCUCUCCGCUAAAACACAGCUUUUUCAGAAGCUUCAAAAUAAAGCAGCUUUGCACCCUGAGGGCUACCAUUGGUUUUAACUUCUGUGAAGUCACUUUUCUUCACCUCUGACAGGACGCUGGCUGCCUUCAUGCCCAUUGAUAAACCAGGGCAGCUAUCCUGAGUAUCGAGGUGGUGUAAUUCAGGGUGUCCUGAAGUCUCCCAACAGCAUUCCUCAGAAAAGGACGAAGGAGUAUCGCAAACAUCAGCUGUGCCUGCAAGCCUAAACAAAGCUGCCCAACCUGGUGUCGAGUCUCUUAGGGUUGAGUGUGCCUUGCAAGGAAAAUAUCACUACAAACCCCUUGUGUUACUUAAGUAAUUUUACGCUUUAAAUAUGCAAACCAAAUUUUAAAGGUAGGUUUAAGCACUUUACACUUUUGUGGCCCCUUCCACUUACAGAAACUGUUGGCACUUGUGAAGAAUGUCCUUUUUGUACCUGUGACAGCAGUACUUUGUGAAGUCUCAAGAGAGAAAACGAAGUACUACAAGCUCCUAUAACAGUACUGGCUUACCUCUGCUGCGUAGGCCCAGUCUGCCCCUGCCCAUUUGUACUGCUAUCAUUUUUCAAAUAAACAAAUUGUUUAUCAGACUGUG